UUCUGGCUGCGGCUUCAACUCUCCAGUAGAGACUCCGGGAGAAAGCGAGGGAAGGAGCCCGCAGAAAUCGUACGGGGAGCAGGAGCGCUACGCGACCCGGAGAGAAAGAUCCGACACCAGGGGUUAAAGAGGAACGGUGGAUAAAAUCUAUCCAGAGGAGGCGGUUCUGCUGCUCGGUACCAUGGAUCUACCCGCCGCGGGAGAGCACGUCUUUGCGGUGGAGAGCAUCGAGAAGAAGCGCAGCAGAAAGGGGAGGGUCGAGUAUCUGGUGAAGUGGCGCGGAUGGUCACCAAAAUACAACACGUGGGAGCCAGAGGAAAACAUCCUGGACCCCAGGCUCCUGGAUGCUUUCCAAGACAGGGAACGCCAGGAGCAGCUGAUGGGAUAUCGCAAGAGAGGACCCAAACCCAAGCACCUCCUGGUUCAGGUUCCGUCUUUUGCCCGGCGGACCAGUGUUUUGGCGGAUCUACAUGAGGUGGCACUGGACAAAGAUAGCUGUCAGAAGACAACCCCCAUUCAGAUGCUGCGUCCACAGGUCCAGCAAUACCAGCUGAACAGCAAGAAGCACCACCAGUUCCAGCCACUGUGCAGGGAAGGCGAGCAGCAGCCCACGGGCAAAAAGUUGUACUAUGAACUCAACAGUAAGAAGCAUCAUCACUACCAGCCCAGCCUCAAAGUGCCUGAACCCAUCUUUACUAAGCCUAGAGAGGUCAAAGCUCCAGAUCUGGCGAACAAAGGAUACAACCUCCCCCCUGUGCUGCAGCAAAAAUGGAUCCGGGACAAGGAUUCUGGCUGCCUCACCAAAGUAAGGGACAUCACCAUGGAGCUGAAAAAACUUCCAGCAGACCUGAAAGAACCAGAAAAGGACAAACCCAAAGAGGAUUCACUAACACAGUCGUUUGGAGUCAGCAACAGCAAACUGAAGAUUGUGAAAAACAAAAACAAGAAUGGUCGGAUUGUUAUUGUUAUGAGCAAAUACAUGGAAAAUGGAUUACAGACAGAAAAGGUCGAAAAAGGGGAAACUGAAAGCGCCUCGAAGACCUCACCGAGUCAUGAUGAGGAAAACCAUGUGGAGAAGAUGAAGCUUGUAAAGAAGCUCGGCCUCAUAAAUGGCUUCUCCAGAAAAACCAACACAACUUUCUCCAGCUCUGACCUUGAGAGACAUUGCACCAAAGAAAAGGAGCAGUCGUCAAAGGUUGGGCCACCUGUGACGGAACAAGAUAAAGAUGUCGGGGUCAAGGGUCGAGGGCUACUUCUAACAGAUCAACCUUUACAAGUGACAGCCAAAUCUAAUCCGGUCUCCUUGCCUCUGGACACUGAAUCGCCUUCUGUCACGGACAAAGCAUCUGGCCCGGGUGGACAGAAGCGACGACCCUCGGACUCCGAUCAGCAUGGGAGUCCCAAGAGGUUUCAUAGCUCUUCAAGUCCCCACUCUGCACACUCCUGUUCAUCGACGGGCAAAGACCAAACCAGCCACCAGGAUGUCCUCAACCUGCAGGACUCUGAGUUUCCUGACCAGGAGGAACCUAUUGACCUGAGAAUAGUGAAAUUGCGGCCUCCAGUUUCUGUUCAGGACGAUACUCAACAGCAGAAGGAAACACCAGUACACACAAACCCCCAGGAUGGAGUACACUCUGUCACAGGUGACAAGGACGUGGUGGAUUCUUUGGCAAUUUGUACCCAAGAGGUACAAAAAGUCAAUACAUUUCCGUCAUUCCAGCCAUUCCUUGGAAAUAUUGUCAUCACGGACAUCACGACGAACUGUCUGACCGUCACCUUUAAGGAAUACAUGGCUGUGUAAUAGCGCAACUCUUGUUUUGUACUUUGUAAUGCUUGAAUGUAUGAACAGACAUGAAUCUGCUGUCCUUGCUGAAGGUGUGUGGCCAUGCUCAUUUCGAUGGAUGGUGACUGUAAACCGUGAAAUUUGAUUUAGAGUUUCAAAAAUUGAACAAAAGGUGCACUUAUUUACUUGUAAAUAUUUUCACUUCACGGAUGUCUUUUGAUUGAUAAACUAAGCUGUCUACCUUGGGUGCUAAUGUAAUCUACUGUACAUAGAAAAUUCUAUUGAACCCUGGUAAAUUACACUGUGUGUGUCUGUGUGUAUUUCUUAUACGUGUGUGUGUGGGUGGGAACAGGUGGAGUUAAUUAAGGAUGCAUGCUGCUUGGACUGAUUACGCCGUUAGGCACGGAAUAACAAGCAGAUAAAGAAAUAAAGCGCCUUUCUUUCAAUGAAAUGUCGUUUGGUUCGUCGUAAGGUUGGUUGUGGCAUGACUCAUCAGACAUGCCAUGGCGUUUUAAGUUGUCUUUGAAAGUGGCAUUUCUGACAUGUCCACCAGUGGCUUCCGAUCGUCCAUUCGAGAUGUUUGUUGAAGCAUUUCCUUCAUUGUCUGAAGAAUAAACGCUUCCUCCUGUCAUGAAUUCAAACCAUCACAUGAUGUAGCUAAUAAGCUGACACGACAGCUGGUCUGGUGAGUUCAUAAACUGAUGGAAAAUUCUUCAUAACACUGUGGCUGACUUCAUGAUGUAACACCCGUGUCCAGCCCUUGUUGAGUCGGUUGUGUCAUGUUGUUCCUUUAAAGAAGUCAUCCAUUCAUCCGCUGUGGAGCUGCAGGUGCACAGGUUAUGUUCCGCAGAUGAAAGGCUUCCUAGCAUAUGAUUUGCAAUAAAAAAAAAAAAGGUCACAGAUUCUAU